CCUGUUUGCUGCUCGCGUGCUGCUGGGCUCGCUGGGAAAAGCUUGCCCGGAUAAUUCAUGAAAGAGAAAAAGAAUGGCAUCUAGAAUAAAUACGAGUUUCACUUUGAUUCCCAACAAUAAAUUCAGACGUAGUCAUCGAAGGUCCAACUAUUUUUCUAACACUUUUGAUUCUGAUUCUCUGCUAUUAUCAGCACUUGGAAAUUUUAAAGCCUUACCAUUGGAAAUAUUUCAGAUAAUCUUAAAAUAUUUGUCAGUGAAGGAUAUCAGUUUGCUAAGCAUGGUAUCCAAAACAGUCAGCCAGCAUAUUAUUAACUACAUCUCAACCUCAUCAGGAAGCAAAAGGCUUUUACUACAAGACUUUCAUAACCUGGAGCUACAUGGCAGAAGACAAAACCUCACUAUACUGGAGCACUACAGAUCUCUAGGUCUGCUAUUUAAAAGAUGUACAUUGCUGCUACCCACUAAAGAAAGACUAAAGUACAUUAACAAGAUACUCACAGAAGUUCCCUGUUUUAAAUUCAGUGGCUGUGCAGCUCCAUUGCAGUGUUUAGGUUUAUCAUGCUAUGGCAUAUUUUUACAGACAUUAACAGCAGGUUGGGAUGAACUUGAGUGUCACCGUGUUUUUAACUUCUUAUGUGAGCUAACAAACCUCUCCCGCAAGAUGCAGACUGUUGUGUGCAGCAAGCCAGGAAAUGCUCGAAAACUGGAGUUAAGAAUCCGACUCUUCUGUAGGAAUGUUCUGCUUGAUCACUGGACACAUCGCAGUGACUCUGCUUUUUGGUUGACACGUAUAUUAAAACCAUGGCCAAUGGUGAAUCAGGCAAGGUUACUAUAUAUCAUCUUUGGACCAGUAUCGCCUCAAGAUGGACAGGUUGUUUGGCAGAAAAUGAUAGAAGGGCCUACAGAUGAAUCCAGUUUAAAAGGUUUGGCAGAUGCCAUUAAAUUAUUAUAUGAAACAGGCACCAAAGAAUGGACAGCAGAUGAUGUUAUAAGUCUUGUGGAUGAAUUAUCAGUGGUUCCCCGGGAAUGGCUUCUAGAGAAUAAUGCACGUCUACUGAUCCUAAGUGGAAACAACAUCUGUUUCACCUUCAUGGCUAGUAAAGCUGUGAAUGGACGGGUCAUUGAACUAGCAAGGCUAAUAGUUUUUUUGGCUUUGGUGUGUGAGAAAGAACUAUACUGUAUGGAUUGGGCAGUUAAAAUGAUGCAAAAAGUCUGUAAAGUCUUUAGCACUCCACUGGAAAGAAAUAACUUCCUACAGAAUGUGGCAAAUGCAUUUGCAUGUCUUACAAUGGAAAUGCUGCAGACAGUUAUGUCUGGAGAUCGUGAUGAAGAUGACAGAACCUUUUUGAAUUUGUUCCAUCUUGUGCAUGCUCAGGCUAACUUCCAUAAGGAGGUCCUGUAUCUGGCCGUGAAUACUCUCUCUUCCUAA